GUGAAUGAGGCCCAGUUGUAGUAUCGUCAGACGCCAGUCCAGACGACAGACAUGCGCGCUGCGGCCUUCCCUAGUAUUCGGCCAUUUUUGGUUCAUGGUGAUAAUAAAUAAGUGUCAUGGUAAACAAAAUACAGUGCGAGUGAGUGAAAUGAGGCUGUGUUGUAAGAGACAAGUCGGUCAAAUGCUCUAGAAAUGGCGGAGAGUGUGUGAAGGAGUAUAUCUUAGUAGCCCAAACGGGGGGAGUAUAAAGCCCGACUUGAGCUGCCGAGGAGCAAUUUUAAGUGAUUCGCAUCAGUUUCCCCACCAAUUUGCCGCCGGAGAAAAAUAUGAUCAACCAGCUACGCUACGUCACGAGAAAGCUCCAGGGUCAAACUUUAAAUGAGGCUUCAGAAAACAGCGGAAAGGUUGGCAGUGAGGACCGUGACUCUGGCACCGAGUCUGAUGACGAGCAGCCUUACGACGACCCCGAGCCCGAGCCUGGCAGCGAAAUGUCGAGCGAGGUGUCUAGUGGGUGCAGCGUGAGAUCACGCCCCACAAGCCAGACCAGCACCGACACGCUCACCUGUGAUGACCUCCCAAUGGCUGGCGAUGCACCCGACAUGCCCCCACCAUCUACCAUCCCUCCCUCUGCUGGCCCUUCAUCUACAGGUCCCUAUCACCAUCCACAUCUUCAUCAUCACCACCAUCAUCACCACCAUCACCUACAUCACAGUCAUCACCCACACCCUGCGAGGAGGGCACGCACACCACGUCACCCACAUCCAUCUCUACGAACCCCAGACCCACCUAGAGAGUCACCUGCCUUAGAGUCCCCUAUUGAACCCUUCUUGGAUUCUGCAUUUGUAAGUGACUGUGAUGCAUGUGAUCCUGUUGAGCACCAUUCAUCUGAAGAAGAGCUGGAAACACUCACAGGUUCUUGGUCUCGGGAAACAGGGCCCCCAGAGAAGCGAAAAUGGUCACAAGUAGCCAGGCUCUCUCUAACAGACUCAGGAAGCAGUGACGAGGAAGUAUGCGUAUUGACCACUGGGUCACGCCCACCCGUCCAGUUCAGAACCUCCCCACCCCUUGAGGCUCACAAGCCCUUACGCUCUGUCUCUCCACCCACCAAGAUGCUCAGCCUAGCGAGCAGUGGGAGGGAGGGCUUAUUGUCUUCAGGUGGAGCAGGAGAGACUAGUGGGUCACCAGGGGGUGCUGGUUGUAGUGAGGGUGGGACUCCCAGGGUGGAGGGGGGCGCUAGGGCAGCAUCCCCUCGCAAGAGACACAGGCACACGCCUCGCCCUCACCAGAUGCACCGCCCAUGUCUAGACUUUGAGAAAAUGCAACAGAUGAAAAAUCGAGCAGUUACACAGUGGAGGAACGGUGGUGAACUUUCCCUCUCUUUCUGCUAAUUUUCCGCUGCUGCAUGACGACCUUUAAGUUCCCUCAAGCAAGUUUGGGAAAAGAAAUUUGUUUGUGUUCUGUUUUGGGAACAAAGGUUGUAAAGACAAUGAUACACAGCCUCACAUAUUGCAGGUUUUGAAAGGGUGUGGUUUGAGUGGUGUGAUCGUGUAACCGUUCUUUGACGAGAAAUCAUGGUGAAAAAGUGGUCACUUCUAAUAACUGCAAAUUUUGCAAGCUGGCAAGACCUGAGGUGUUUCUAUAUAGAUAGUUGUUUUUAAUAGUUUGUGUUAUAUAGUGGGAAAUAUGGAAUGAAGUACUUGUUGAAAAAAUUUUAAGAUGUAAUUUUUUGAUAUGUCGGAUUGAUUCAUGUGUUUUCAUCUUUAAUACAGAAAGCAUUGUUACAUUACAAAUUUAAAGGGCCAGAGAAUAAAUGUCAUGAAUUAGUCACAUCCAUAUACAAGUAAUGUUGUAAAAUCAAAUGUGAACGAAUUGUGGAUACUGUAUUAAUUUUUUUACCUUUGCAUUAGGGUUUCAUGUCAUUCGUAGUCUAAUAGAAUUAAUGAAGUGCAAGUAGAAAGAUAGACUGAAAGAGAGAGAGAAUGAGCAUGAGAGGAAGAUAGUAUAUCUGCCCAAUUUUGUACCUGAUUCCUAAUUUAAAUAUAUGUAGAAUACUUACGAAUUAAUAUACGUUAAAGAUACAACUAUGAACAUCUAAUGCAAAUUCAUAUUGGCUUUUAUACGAAAAUGUCAAACGUGUUUUUUUUUUAAAUCAAUGCCCAAUCAGAAUACAAUAUUUUUUUCAAGAUUUCUGACUAUUUUAUAAUGGAUUGAAAUUCAAUAAUUGUUGUCAAUCUUUUUAAAACUAUAAAGGAAGAAUAAAUUUUCAUGAAGUAUACAUAGCUCUGCUAGAUUUUCCCCAUUAAGAAAAUUCUGUACAUCAAGAAGACACUUGAAAAAAUAUUUUAUUGUUGCGGACAGGGUUUGAGGCAACUUUCACACAACUUUUGGUCAUCUCCGACAGUGAUGAUGUUCAAGCACACUGUUAUGACAGUUCAUUGUUGCGGACAGGGUUUGAGGCAACUUGCACACAACUUUUGGUCAUCUCCGGCAGUGAUGAUGUUCAAGCACACUGCUAUGGCAGUUCAUUUUACCAGAAUGUAGGCAAGUACAGUAUUUGGUUUAAUAUUUUUAUACAUUGAAGCAAAAAUAUGGGUUAGGCAUAGAAAACACAAAGGGGAAUGUAUGUAAAGGCAGAAUCCUUAAAAUUAUAUUUCUUUGUUAAGCCAUAAAUAGUAAUUAGUGUGGGUUGUUACAUAUAGAAUGUUUACAGAAUGACAACAGAAAUACAGAGUUUCUCGGAUUAAACAUUGCAUAUUGCCGUUAUCACAUGAAAAUGAUCUUACUCACCUUUUUCCAUCUAACGUUAUAAUUUACUUUGCAUGUGUGUUUUGAUAAUGGAUGGAAAGAAGAUAAAGUAACUGUGUUCAGUUUCAAUGAAAUAAACCAUUUGAAACCGGAAUGCUAUUCUUGAUAUUGUAUAUAGUUUUAGUAAUUUUGAAAUUGCUUUUCUGAAAGAUAAAAAUAAAAAGAAAUGACAGAACAGAAGCACACAGUUGGAAAAUUACAAAUUAAUUACUUAUUACAUUGGCAGAAAAAUGUAAGAUUGUCUCAGAUUUGUGAAGCGAAUCUUUUUAUGCGUAAUUGAAUUUUUUUUCAAAUACAACCCCUUGUAAUAGAUGAUGGUGCACUUAAGAAUAUAUAUUUAAAAUUUUGAUUCAUGGACGGUAUUAACCAUAUUUCUUCUUUUAUAUAAAUUGUGGCUGCAAAAUUAUUUAUGCAGGCGAACCUCGCUUAACAUUGCCCCAGUUAACGUCAUUUUGAAUAUGGCAUUAGAAAAAAUAAAUAAAUAUACAGUAUUUAAAAUACAGGCAAACAGUUCUAUUAUUUUUUUUAAGAUCCCAACGUAAGAUAGAAAAAAUUAUGUGGAAGCAAAUGGUAUUUAUAGAAUGAAGUACAGUAUAUGAGGGCUAACUUAAAUGUUGUCAGCAAACACUGUAUUUAUCAUGUGCUAAAAACACUUUAAUAAACACUAUGUUUAUUAAAAAUAAUAGCAUAAAAUAUAGUAGUGUCCAUAAGAAUUAUAUAAUACAACCAUAUGACUAUGUUAUCACGUUAUCAAGUAAAUUUAGCUGCUGCCAAAACAAAUGAAUGUUGACACCUGAUCACUUUCAUAAACAGACAUGGUGCGCAACUUCCAAGCUCGAUAUCAUUAGUACAAAAUUUCCUUGGAUAAGAAGGCAUGAGGGGUAAAUGGCCUAUGACAGGUAGUAAUCAUAAUAAAAGGCUAAAAACAAAGGAAGACAAUAUUGUUAGAAACUAAGCUAUGACAAGAGUGAGCGAGAGAAAAAUUAUCUUUCCCAGUAUCCUAGGAAUGUAACUCUUACAUGUAACUCUAGGUAAAUGGCCUAUGACAGGUAGUAAUCAUAAUAAAAGGCUAAAAACAAAGGAAGACAAUAUUGUUAGAAACUAAGCUAUGACAAGAGUGAGUGAGAGAAAAAUUAUCUUUCCCAGUAUCCUAGGAAUGUAACUCUUACAUAUAACACUAGGCCUGUGAGAUUUUUAAUUUUGCUUAAAAUUAUUUCAAUUAAACUUGGGGGUUUUCAGGAUCAUAACCCCCCUGCCGUUAAAUGAGGUUCUCCUGUAUACCUAAAAUUAAUUCAUGUUAUAUACACGAAAGAUGUUACUUCAUUUUAUUUUGUUGUUUCAUAAAUUUUAUGGCCAUGGUAAUUAACUUUAUAAUAAUAAAAAACAAACACUAUUGAAAGCUUAAUGUGACCAUUAUGAAAAUUUGAAGUUUCCGCUUUUAUUUGACGUAAAAUGUAAGCUGCAUUUCAUACAAAGUUUUAAUAGAGGUUCAUUAUACUAUACUGUAAUUAUAUGUAACACAGAAUUUGUUGAAAAUUUUAAAUUACAAAUUAUCUACCAUUCUUUUCCACUUCUCAAAAUGCAAAUUGCAGACUUUGACCUUUUUGUGUGGCAAUAUGCCACUUUACACUCUACCCAUUGCAUUGCCAUUUAUUAGUUUACACCCUAUCCAUUAUGAUACCAUUCAUUGGUUUACACAACCCAUUAUGUUGCCAUUUGUCAGUUUACUCCGUUCCCAUUGUAUUGCCAUUUAUCAGUUUGUCUUUCAUUUUGUAUAUCUUUUAUGAGUUUAUGUUACCAUUUUAUUUAGAUUUGUUAUGUCAGUUAUUUUCAGCAGCAUGUACUAUAUACUUAAUUUCAAAAGCUCAGGGAAGCCCUUCUGAAGUUUACAAGUUUACAUUGAAUAAUAUAUAACUUUUUUAUUGAGACAAAUCCAAAAUGGAUAACAGGCAUGUUCGGAUAAAUGGUGUUUGGAAAGUAUGUGUUGUUUGUAUGUAUAAAGUAUAUGCAUACAUAUACAUACUGACAUGUACAUAUUAUGCACUUGUUUUGAGAACAUCUGAUUCACUGAACCAGUAUCUAAAUCAUUAUUUACCAAUCACCAUUUGGUAAAAAGAGGAAUGUGACUAGGGGCCACUAUUGGAAGCACCAAACCUAGCGGUCAGUAAUAAGGCAGUGUUGAGCUUGUUGGGGCAUCACUGCACCCUCAUUUGGCCACAGCAUUUUCGAGGAAUAACUAUGAAUGUGAGAAUCGGUAUUUCCUUGGAGUGAGUGUGACUGUGUAGAGUACUUGGGUUUACCGUGAGUGACUGUGGGAGAUAGAAGUGUUUUGCUGGGAGUGGGUCUGAUAGAAACGUGUGUUUGCUUGGAGUGACUUUUAGAGACAAAAGUGUUUGCUGGGAGUGAUUGUGGGUGUGGGAGGCUUGAAUAUUUGAUGUGAAUGUCUGUGGGAGGCACACAUUUUUGCUGGGAGAGACUGGGUGUGGAAGGCAUAAUGGUGUGCUGGGACUGAUUGUGAGAGGCAUGAGUUUUUGCUGGAAACACUAGAGUUACUGAGGGGUGUGUAUAAUAGUCAUGGAAUGUGUCUGGUGGUACUUGGUGACCCAACACUUGCAUCAGUGCACAUUAUAUUUAAAACAGUAGUUGCACAAAAUUAAUCUAUCUAAAUAAAUAAAUUCAAUGAAAUAAGCUUGAGAAUUCAUAAACAAAUGCAGGGAAGUUAGUAAAUAUGUUUGUAACAAAAACAUUGUUGGGUUUGCUUGUUAUCUCUAUGUAUGGCGGGACGUUGUCUGCUGCUACCCAUCACUCAUUAUGCUGGGAAAGGAAGAAGGCUGGAAUGGGGAGGGAUAGGUCGUUUCAUCGUUAACCAGGAGUCUAGCUACAGCCAGAUAGCAAGUGUACCAAACAGCUAGCCAACUAGCCAGCAAGCCUGUUAGCAUGCCAGGCAGCAUGCCAGGCAGCUAACCAGCAUGCCAACUAGCUGGCAUUAGAUCCAGCUUGCUAACAUGCCAACCUUAAGGCUCUUUUUGUGUCUGUCUCAUUUAUAUAAAUGUGUACACUUGAUAUGUGGAUAUGUAUAUCUGCGUUUUGCCACUCCAAGCAACGGCUUGCUGGACCAAGCUCUCACAGGUCAGGCCAGGCUUGGGGAGUAGAAAAACUCCCAGAACUUCAUCCAGGCAAAUCCAGGUAUUGUACUUCAGUACAAUACCUGGAGCUGUAUCUUCCGCCACAUCCAGGAAUUGUUGUGAUAGGUAGCCAGUUAUCCACGUCAGUAAUAUGCACAUACAACCAGAAUAACAAAGGUUCCUUGUACUGGGUCCAGUAAAUUUUAUUUUCUCUUAGUUUACUUUUUUUUUUAUAUACCUUCAAAUAUUCAGUUGAAAUAUUCAGCUACAAGAUGAGGAAUAAGGAGGGCGGGCCAUGGCUUGCCUUGCUCUCAGCAGUUGAGGAGACAACUUUACUACCCUCUUGGCACCGUUAUCUAACCACUUGGAUUGAUUAGUAGAGUGGUGGCCUCGUGUCUUGUAGGUGUGCGAUUGAUCCCCAAUGGUUCAAGUGUUUGGGCCUCGUUACUUCCCUCCAUCUUAUCUCAGAUCCUUCAUCCUCAUAUCCUUCCACGUGCUCUACUGUAUAGUUAUACUAUACUGGCUUAGCUAUAUACAUACAUACAUACUUCGGACAGCAGAUGUUCCUUGAAGCAUAUUUGGUUAAAUAUGACCACAUUGCUGGCAUUGUUGAUCUUAUAGUAUAAGCUUUCUAUGCUUCUAACUAUUUCCUUACUUUGCAUUAAGAAGAGCAAUCAAGUUACUGAAAUUGAUGGUAAAGAAAUUAGUGAUUAUGAAGGGUUUAUUUUCUAGAACAUUUUAUUCCACUCUGGAACAUCUUCAGAUAAGGAAUGAAUACACAAGGUGCAAUUUUUUUUUAAAUACACAUGUGGAAGAGGUGAAUCUGUGUGGGAUAAGGUGAAAUGUCAAAGGAAUAUAGGGGUAAUCAAGCAUAAGGUAAAAAAUAGGAGAAUAAUGGAGAAUGGAUGCCAAUCAAACAUUGGGUAAGGCAGCGGGCAGAGAGAGCUUGGUAGAGAUGUCGUCGUUAUCCGGUGCUGUUUUGUGAGAUAGGAUAUGAGCACUGACUAGUAAAUAAUACAACAAUCCUGGCAUCCAUCACUGACCCAAGAAGACUGCAAAUCCUGGAAGCUAUAUUCAUAAAAGAAAAAAGACCCCUCCACCCUAAGUAUAUAGAGUAAUGACUUCGAUAACUGGCCAAUGCUCAGCUCCAGAUCUCACCAAACAUAUACUGUAUAUUAUAAUUACAUCUAAAAAUUUCUACACAAUCUCUUUUUUUUUUUUUUUUUUUUUUUUUUUUUAGAUUUUUAUAUUCUGUGUUACAGAUAUAGUGAUGACAUUAUAUACAGUCAGGAACUUCAAAUUUCACAAUUGGACCUUACUAAUAGCUUUCUAAAUGUUUCAUUAGUUGUAAAGAUUAUUAAAUGGUCACUUUGCAACUAGCUUUUAUAUAUUAAAAGUAUUGCAAAAAAUUUUAACAUAACGCAAAAUUUAAAUAAAUUUUUCCAAGAGAGCAAAACCAGACACAUGCAUACAUUUUCUUCUUGACAACCAAGCGGGCAAAAUGUGCUUAUGUAAUUUUUUCAAUGUUGGAUCAGCAUUUCUUGAAUAUUAGAACGUUUCUUCAACAUUUCUUCAAAGAUGGAUCAAUGUUUUUCGUCAUUGAUUCUUUGCUACAGCAAAGUCAUUUGGCCAUAUUUGCCUGGGGGUUUGUGGAAGAUGGUUGUAGAGACUGAUGAACUGACUUCAGAUAAUGAAUUACUUUCCUCUAUGGUUAUAUUUCACAAUAGAUUUGCAGCUCAGAAUAUUAAGACACUGUUAAUGUACAUUUAAAAUUGUAAUUUGACUAAAUAAUUUGCAUUAUACAAAAUGUGUUGAAUCUCACUGCAUCAUUUAAUAGAAAAAUGGGUAUACACUAAAAGUGUCCUGUCGAAUAUUGCAAGGACAGUAAUUUAUUUUUGAGUUUCAUCUUCCUCACAGAUACACAUACAUAUACAGUAUAUACAAAUACCACACACACACUCUCACACACACACACACACACACACACACACACACACACACACACACACACACACACACACACACACACACACA